UCCGACGGUGCCAACGGAGACGCGCGUCAACAUUUCCAACUUCCCAAGCUCCCGCCCUUUGUUGCCCGCUACAAAUACACCCUUCCCCCAUCUCAUCGCUCCAAUUCCCCAAACGACGAGAGGCGGCGAAAUCCCUCUUCCAGGCAGUCGAAUAGGAGAUGGCGAGGACGAAGCAAACGGCUCGCAAGUCGACGGGCGGCAAGACGCCCCAUAAGAAGCUGGCGACGAAGGCGUCCAGGAAGACGGCGCCGGCGACGGGAGGGGUGAAGAAGCCGCACCGGUUCCGCCCAGGGACGGUGGCGCUGCGGGAGAUCCGCAAGUAUCAGAAGAACACGGAGCUGCUCAUCCGAAAGCUACCGUUCCAGCGGCUGGUGCGUGAGAUCGCGCAGGCCUUCAAGACGGACCUUCGGUUCCAGAUGUCGGCGGUGUCGGCGCUGCAGGAGGCGGCCGAGGCGUACCUGGUGGGCCUCUUCGAGGACACCAACCUCUGCGCCAUCCACGCCAAGCGGGUCACCAUCAUGCCCAAGGACAUCCAGCUCGCACGCCGCAUCAGGGGCGAGAGGGCUUGACCUGCUGCCGCCUUCCCGUCGUCAUGCCAAUGUUCCCACCCCCUCAUCUCGGACACGAUCGAUUCCUUAACCGAUCAAAUGUGUCCAAAUCAUGAUUUUGUAAGAUAAAUGAUUGAUAAUACCUUCUUUUUUUUUUCUUUAGCUUUAUAUAUUAAUGAGCGAUUUCAUUGAAAAUGCUGCUCUUUUCCUUCUUUUUAAUUUUUUUCUAGACAUUAUUUUUAUUAUUUUUAUAAUUUUGUAAUCUCUUUCUUGGUUGUUGCGUCUGGUCACUAUGAGGCUCUACCCUUCCUCGCCGGUCACCCAGGGUGCUUUUGCUCUUGAUGGCAUCGGGCGGGGAACGACGUGGCGGGCAGGCAAUGGAUCUCGACUGAGGGCAGCGGUGACGGGCGAGGAAGGGCUGACGAUAGUGACGGAGUCCGUGAAGGUGAUAGGGGUGAUGGCCAGAAGAGGAAAGGAAAGGAUAUUUAUAAGAUUAUAAAAAAAAAAGGGUAUUAUUUAA